AUGUCUGAAGAAGAGUUGAACUAUUCCCUAGAACAAAAAAGAGCUGACACAGCUGACACAGCUAUUAAACUACAAUCCAGCACUAGAGAUAGAGAUGAUGAAUUAGUUAAACAGAUUCAACAACUAGAAAAUACCCAUCCAAUUAUAACACAAUCAAAUCAGGAAAAUAAUAGUAAUUUAGCUGAUAUUGAAAAUGACCUAUCUCUUGAUAAAAUUCGUUAUCAACAAUACAUGAGUUCACUGACAUCAUGGAAUUUCAUACCCAAACUACCCCCAUCUUAUAGAAAGGAUAGCCGAUUUUCAAAUAUUUUAGAAUUAGAAGACGCCUUUGUCGAUAUUCAGAAGCAAGAAUUAUAUGAUGACGGACACCUUCUCUUGGCACAAAACGAUACGAUAUAUAUACUCUCUGAACCAAUUGGUGAUCCGUAUUAUAUUGGCCGAAUUGUAGAAUUUGUCUGCAAAGUGGCGUACAUAGAUAAAGUACAAGAAGCCCAAAAAUAUACCACUAAAUUUCCUCCAAAAUAUUUCCAAUUACGUAUGAAUUGGUUUUAUAGACCAAGAGAUAUUAAUAAAAAUGUUACUGCUUUUGAUCCACGGCUGCUCUAUGCAUCUUUACAAGAAGAUCUUUGUCCAAUUACUUCAUUCAGAGGUAAAUGCGUGGUAUCACAUAGAGAAGAAAUUACAGAAGUAUUGCCAAGCGUAUCUGUGUCAUACACUAGAUCCAACUGCUUUUAUUUUGACCAAUUAUAUGAUAAAUAUACUGCAAGAUUUUACAAUGUAUGGUGCACAAACAAACUCUUAAACAGAUUUAGCGAAUCUUCAUUCUUAUAUGCUUUAGCCAAACGCAUUCAUUACGUCUUUGCUGAAGAUGAUUACCCAUUCGUUAAUAUUUUGAAAAAAUAUGUAUUUCUAAAUGUUAAUAAGGAAGAUAAUCUAGUGGGAAAGAAUUGUUGGGACAAACGAUGUAGCGUAUGUGGCGAAUGGUGUUAUAAUAAAGAAAGCAUAGCAUGUAUUAACUGUGGAGACUCCACUCAUUUGCACUGCUUAACAGACUCCCAGAAGGCAGAUGCAAACUUAGAAAAGCCAUGGAAUUGCUCUACAUGUAUUUGGAAGGAUGAUGACCCCUUAAAAUACGAGAAACAAAAAAUACAAAAGGAAAAAACGCAAACAGAAUUUAUUGAGAGCUCUAGAUCUUAUUUAAAUACUCAGGCACUAGCGUCUAUUUCGAAAGAUGUCGAAUACAAUAAAGAAAAUGGUCAGUUCCAAUAUGUGGGAUCCUCACUAGUAUCGCGCAUGGGGGAUAUACUUGACGAACAUGCAUACAUCCCUUUCCCAUCUAAAGACCCAAGAAUUGGAUCACAAUAUCAAUGGCUUAAUCCUACAAACACUGAUAACUGGAAAAAAAUACCUUACACAGAAAAUAGCCUUACUUUCGAAAGGGGAAGCGAUUCUAAUGAGAAAAAUAGUACCAGUAAACUACUUUGGAAAAUGAAUAAAACCAAGAUAAAUGAUCAACAAUUACAAGAUUACCUACAUAUUUGUAAGGAAAGAUUCCCAGAGCUCCUAGAUAUACAGGCAGAAUGUACAAAUUUCAUAGAUAAUGUGCUGCAAAUUCUUAUAGAAAAUAAUUAUGAUACUAAAAAAUCUUUACAUAUUUGUAACGAAAUAUUGACAAGAAAAUAUCUUAAAGAACCAACGUUUAACAUUGCUGAAGUUAAUCGUUUCGAGAAGGCUAUUAAGAAGUAUGGGAAGAAUUUGCAACUGGUUUGUAAAGAAGUUGAAACUCAACCUAUGACUAUGAUUGUUAGAUUUUAUUAUUUCUGGAAAAAAACUCCUUCAGGGAAUGAUAUUUUAAGUAAUUAUAAGAGGAAAAUAAUGAAUCAAAAGAGUACUAAUUACCUUGAGUCACCAUCUAUUUCUGAACCUCAUAAAAGAAAAAGUAGGAAGAGGCGCACUAGUAACGAUGAACUUUCGUUAAGUCAGACAAGUGACGCCAAUGAUUGGGAAUUGAAGUAUAUAGAUGAUUCUUCAAUAGAUACAGAAUCAAGCUCCUUGUAUACUCUCCAUUUCAAUUGCAGCUUUUGUAACUUAGACUAUUCACCAAUGUGGUAUAAAGUAAUUGGGCAGUUGGAAAAUCAACAGACUAGUAGCAGAAUGCAUAUUGGAAUAAAUGGAAACAAUAAAUUAUCAAGUAAAAGCAUAUCUGAGGAGAAACCUGGCGUAUUAUGUAUGAGAUGUGCCAGACUAUGGAGGAGAUAUGGUAUCAAAUGGCAAAAUCCAGUGUCAGUAUUAUCAGCGCUUAAUGUUUUCAAGAAUGGCGAUCUUUUUGAAGUCUUUAACAAUUUUUUUUAUGAAACAGAUAUCAAUCAUCUUUGCUCUUCACCAGAAAAAGCCCAUGAAAAUCGUAUUGAAUGGGAGUUGGUCCAGGAUGCUGAAUUAAUUUCCAGACAACGUUUAGACAUAUGCAUUGAUCCCGAAGUUUUGAGGAAAUUGAAGAGGAUAUCAAAUAGUAAUCAUAAACUAAUUUAUAAAAAAGUCAAAAAGUAUAUGAAAAAGUAUGACCAUUACCCAGAAAUUAUGGAAAACGAGUUAGAUAGUUACAUAGAAAAGGUCAAAAUCUCAGCAGCGAAGUCUGCACAUGGAACUCAUAAUAUCUUAAACGAUAAUCUAGAGAGCACUUUUUCACCUAGCAAUGAGAACAGAACACCAGAACUGAACCAUUCUGCAAAUAGCAAUCCUAAUUCUAUAUCAUAUAGCACUUUAUCGAGCUUUAACUCAAUUAAUGAGAUUCUACAAGAAUCCCAAGAUACAGACUUAAUGACAGGCUUACAGAGACAAUACCCAAAUGGCCCCAAAACCAAUCUCUCUCAUAUUAUUACAGUUAAAGGACCGAACAGCACUUUAUUUGAAACUUCAGUUAACAGCCAUACAAAUAUUGUAACUGUGGAUGAAUCUUUGCAAAUGCAUCUCGAUUAUUUGCUAAAAUAUGGUACUAAGGCAAUUUUAAAUAAGAGUGCAAAUAAUUUACCUAGUACUAAACGCAGAAAAGUCACCCAACCAAAUGAUAGUCAAAAAGUACGAGUAAAUUUCUCUGACCGUGAAAAUAUUACAAUUUCAACUUUCAACUCUGAUUCACAUAUUGAACUUGAUUCUUAUAAUAAGUUUAAACCAUAUUCCUUAGAUGAUAAUACAUACCUAAAAUCUACCAUUGAAAAUAAUUGUCAGAUGAAAUUCAAUAAUUUACAAACACAUUCUACAUGUGCAGUAUGUUCAGGAGCAUUUCGAAGUAAUACCCUUCUAAAACUUACUUGCUAUAACUGUAAUUUAUGCGUUCAUCCAAAUUGUUAUGGCGUAUACUUGUCUGAAAAUAUGACAAAUCAAAAGGAAUUAGAGCAGUAUUUAUGGCGUUGUGAUCCAUGUUCAUCAUCUUCUGAUUUAACAUCUUCAACAUAUAGGCAAUGCAUGUUGUGCAAUAAUAAAACCAUGAAUCCAACCUUAAAUGAAACUAAUAAGAUAGCAACUUAUCAAAAUGCUCUAAAGCAAACUAUUCAAGGUUCAUGGUGUCAUGUUUUAUGUGCAGUUUUUAACGAGAAAAUAAAGUUUGUUAAUACGAAAGAAUUAAAACCUAUUACUAGUGCUGAAACAGUUUUACAGGACCACUCUAAUCAAAUAUGCAAAGAAUGUUCAGUUAUAGGAGGAGGUCUUAUUAAGUGCUCGGUAUGUGACACAACUGUUCAUGCUAGCUGUGCAAGAAAGAAUAAUAAAUAUUCGAUGGGAUUUUUUAAAGAAUAUUUAAUUAAUGGAACUGCAAAUAAUCAGAAGACAUUGUAUGAUCCACUACAAAAAAGUCACUAUGUUUUAAAACCGGAAAUAUACUGUGAUACCCACAUAGAUUCGUUCCAACUAUUGAAAGACACUGUUUUGUUUGAAAUUGAUGAUAUUCCUCAUGAUGAAACAAGAACAUAUUUACAAAUUUAUUGCGACACUUACAAAGAUUCUAAAUUUGAAAAUAUAAUGAAUGAUAGACAAUAUGAUCUUGGAUUAUUAAAAUCUGAAGAAAGUUCUGUUGUACAUAACAAGUUUUCGUUACCAAAUAAUAACAUCGAAAGAAUAAAAAGUAUCCUAGAACAAAAUAUACAACUUUCUGAUAAUCAUGAGAACUUUCAGUGGUGCAACAAUAACUUGCAACAUUUUACAUGUAAUCACCGCGAUUAUGAUAAUGAACUACAUACUGAAUAUAGUUCUAUUAUACCUACUAAAGUAAACCGUAAGUUAAUAUCGCAUGGGCCAUUAAGAACGCUGCUAAAUGGUCUCAAUAAUAGGUGGCUUAAUGAUGAUAUUUAUGAGUUAUUAGCGAAUAGAUCAGACACUUAA